GCAGAGAGAGAGAGAGAGAGAGAGAGAGAGAGAGAGAGAGAGAGAGAGAGGGAGGAAGAUGAGCUCAAAAAGCAAAGGCUUUUGAUGGAAUGGAGAGAGCUUUGAGAGUAUAUGUUUGUAGGUUUUGAUCGAUUGGUGAUUACAGCAGCAAUUUUAAUUACUCCCUUCUCGCAUAUUAAAUCUCUUGCGAUUUUCAAUAAAAAAUUUACAAAAUUUUCCACACUUUUCCCCUUUCUUUACACGCUCAUAUUGAUAUAUAUACAUAUAUAUGCAAUACACAAAACACGCAUAUAAAUUUAUAUAUAUAUAUGGAGUCUGCUAAUUUCCAUCAGCAUCAUGAAGAUCAUCACUUGGAACUUGAUGGGUCUUCUUCUUCUUCUUCCUCCUUAGACAACAGCAGUACUGACCCUUCUUGUUAUGGAGCUUCCACUGCUUCUCAUGAUCAAUGGCGUCCUGCUGGUGGUGUUUCUCUUGUGGACUUGAGCAAGAACUACAGCAACGAGAUGAUAAACACAAAGGACCAUAACAAUGGCAGUGAAUGCAUGAGUUUCUCUCACAUACAUAACCACCCCUUUCUCCAACAAGACUUGUCUUUGCAAUGGCAUCAUAACCAAUCUUCUUAUGAUGAUGAUGACGAUGACCAUCAUCAUCAUCAAGAUCACCAUAAUAAUCACCAUACUCUUUCCAAGAUAAAAAAAGAGCUCUCCUCAUCAUCAGAUCAAAUUCAAGCUGACAAUAUCCCCACGUUCACCGACAUGAUAGGCACACCAUUGGCUACAACAAAGUACUUGAGGAUCAACGAACACAACGAGGACUUCAACGACAUGCCAGAGAAACUUCUUCUUAAGACAGUAUCUUCCGGUUUCCCUAUAAGUGGGGAGUAUUAUAACUACUCUUAUAAUUCCCCAUCAUCAUCAUCAUCAUCAUCAUCAUCAUCAUCUUCUCAUAGAGGGAGUUUCAGCCAGAUUUAUCCGAGCGUAAACAUCUCGAGUUUGAGCCAGUCCCCAAGGAUGAACAUGAUGAAUAUGAACAUCCCAAGACCAUAUGACAUGAACAUGCAUGUUUUGGAUGGAAGAUUGUUUAGUGGGAGUGGUUUAGUUAAUAAUGGUAACCAAUCAGAGAUUAGUCUUGAGAUAAUGGGCAGAGGAAGCUUGCCUUUUGGCCUCGGUGAUCAUCAUUUGCAGCAAACUAUUCAACCCACUUGUACUCCCACUGAUCAAAUGCAUCUUUUCAGCAAUGAUCCUCAUGCAAGUGAAGGGAAGAGAAACGACUUAUUGAUGGCAACAAAGGGAAGAGAAAAUGCCCCCAAGAAGCCGCGCGUGGAACCACGCUCCCCUUGCCCACCCCUCAAGGUAAGGAAAGAAAAGUUAGGAGACAGAAUAUCAGCUCUCCAGCAGUUGGUUUCACCCUUUGGCAAGACAGAUACAGCAUCUGUACUGAUGGAGGCAAUCGGAUACAUCAAGUUCCUACAGAACCAGAUCGAGACCCUAAGCGUUCCCUACAUGAGAGCAUCUAGAAACAGGGAAGGGAAAUCAUCCCAAGGGGUAAUCAUGAAAAACGGUUCUGUAUCUCAUGAAAGGAGUGAAGAACCAAAAAUGAAUCUAAGAAGCCUAGGACUAUGCCUUGUGCCAUUGUCAUGCAUGUCUUAUGUCACCGGAGAAGGCUAAUCAACUGUUAGGAUUAAGCUAACUUUAUUAAAGAUGUAAAUAUAUAUAUAUAUAUAUAUAUGUAUAUGAAUUUCUAGAAUAUUUUAUGAACAACAAGUAUUCACUAUCAUCAAAUAUUAUGAUGACAAAGCUACGAGUAGAUCAUUGAAUUUGAAUUGUUUGAGUUGGCCAUACGAAUGUAAUUUAAAAUCUACUUUCCUUUUCUAUAUAUAUG